AUGGAAAGAUUUUUAUUUGUGUUUUUCGCUGCCUUAGCGGCUUGCAACGCCAACGCGAUAUCGGCCAGACAGGGGAGCUUCAAUACCUAUCAUCUGUACACAUCACAGAACAUUCGAAUUCCAACAGCCAUACCACCCACGGAGGCAGCUAUACGCGUUUCGGACAUUAACCCUAAUCUGAAAACGGUCAUAGUUGUUCAUGGACAUGGAGGAUCUAUGGGUACCUCGCUGAAUCCACUAGUCAAAGAUGCGCUUUUAACCAGAGAAGACGUGAAUGUUAUCGUCGUGGACUGGUCCGUGUUCGCAUCGCAAAGCUACAGCAACGCGGUUACAGCUGUUCCCAGUGUUGGGACGUUCCUGGCGGGCUUCAUUUCCCAGGCUGUCAUAGCCGAGAAGGUCUCGCUGGCGACGCUCCAUCUAGUCGGCUUUGACCUCGGAGCUCACGUGGUUGGCUUCGCUGGACGAGUCUUGAACGGCAACGUUGCUAGGAUCACAGGGCUCAAUCCCAGCGACAGUCAAUGGGGCAGCAAUUCCCAAAGACUGAGCAUCUCAGACGCGAGGUACGUCGAAGUGAUCCACACGGACAGCGGGCUCAUGUUCUCCAACGGGAUUCAUGACGCCAUAGGCCACGUGGACUUCUACGUCAACGGUGGCAACAACCAACCUGGUUGCUUCUACAACAACGGUUGCAGCCACAAUCGCUCGUGGGAGGUGUUCGCUGCUUCGCUAACCCACGACCACCUGAUUGGAAACCUCUGCGGCACCUGGCUGCAGAUAUCUCUGAACACGUGCAGGUCCUUCACCCUGCCGAUGGGAACUAAUGACUUGGAAAAGAUUGGAUCUGGCAUGUACCGCGUCAACACUGGAAGAACUUACCCUUACUAAAGAUAGUCUUGAAACUA